ACGAAAGAGACAUAAAGAUGGAGCGAUGGUGUGAAAGGGACAAGCUCACAUAUGUCUGUGUAACGCCAGUGUGUGGUUCAGAGGCUCCUUCCUCGGGCAUGGCCAAGAAUGGAUACUUCUAUCAGGAGAUGGAGCAGAGGGAGCGAGAUGAGCAGGAGGAGGGGAGUGAAGACCGUGAGGAGGGUCAGGACUCUCCUAUCCCAUCAGGAGAUGACGUUCAUCUCUACGGCAACCAGACACACCAAGGAGGGACAGAUUCUGAUGUCCAUGGCUGUGUCUUGCUCAACACAUCAAGAAGAUAUGUAAAACUGAUGAACUUCGAGGAGGAGGUAAGGGCCCACAGGGACCUGGACGGCUUUCUGGAGAGGGCGUGUAUUCUUCUGCAUGAAGAUGAGGCGUCGCUGGACGACGUGCUGAAGACCAUGCUCCGGCACAUCUCCCAGGACCCACACACAGCUGAGCCCGGCUGCAACUUCGAGGAGAUCAUGAGCUCACUCUUCACCGAUGCUGGCUCACAGGAGGUCAACGUGCACCUGUUGUCAGAGACGCUGCAGUGUGUGACAGCUACUGCCACGGGCAUCCAGUACCAGCAGUCCUGGCUCUGCAUCCUUUGUAACGUGAAGAACCUGCAGAGGCGGCAUGUAUGUAUCUCUCGGCUGGACCGGCCUCAGAACUGGGGAGAGAACUGUGCGGAAGUCCGUUAUGUCAUCCUCAUACUGGCACCUCUUAAAAUGAAAAGCACUAAGACAGCGAUGGAGUUGGGCCGGACAUUUGCAAGUAUGUUUUCAGACAUCUCCUUCAGGCAGAAGCUACUAGAGAGUAAGACUCAGGAGGAGUUUAAGGAGGCACUGGUCAUUCAGAGGUAUCACCUGACCGCAGCCAAGCGCAAAACUACCACUGUGGAGGAGGAGGAGACUGACCCACACAGUCACAAGCCACUCAAGUGUAGAGAUUUUUUCAGAGUGGGCAGAGGCAUCUAUGAGGAUCUAUGUCGCCGACUUCCCUUCUAUCCAUCUGACUUUACUGAUGGCAUAGUGGGAAACAAUAAAGCACUAGUGAAAUACAUGACAACGUCCAUCUUCCUCUACAUCGCUGUUCUGCUGCCUGCCAUCGCAUUCGGCUCACUCAAUGAUGAGAGUACAAGAGGAGAAAUAGAUGUUCAGAAGACGAUUAUUGGGCAGAGUAUAGGCGGAAUCAUCUAUUCUCUGUGUGCUGGUUCCCCUCUGGUCAUCCCCCUAACUACAGCACCCAUCGCCAUCUUCAUCAGUGUAAUCAGGGGGAUCUGCGAUGAUUAUGAACUGGACUUUGCUGCAUUCUAUGCCUGCAUUGGUCUGUGGAACAGCUUAUUCCUUAUCAUUGGAGGUGUCUUUAACCUCAGCCUACUCGUUAAGCUCUUCAAGAGGUCGAUAGAAGAGGUGAUAGCUCUGUUCAUUUCGAUUGCUUUUGUAGCAGAUGCUGUCAAAGGCACUGUGAAGAUCUUCCAUAAAUACUACCAUGCGCCAACACUGGCCAAUGGCAGCAUAGAGGAGUUGAAUCGAAUAAUCAGAGUCAUGCCUGUAGGGGAUAUGAACUUGACCGGGACCCUCCCAGAAUCCUUCAUUCUGUGCACACGAGCACGGCCGCUGCUCUGCCUGCUCCUCAUGCUGGGAACCCUGUGGGUGGGAUACACACUCUACCAGUUUAAGAGGAGUCCCUUCCUGCAUGCCAAGAUGAGGGAGAUUCUGUCAGACUGUGCUCUGCCCAUCUCUGUGCUCGUCUUCUCCUACGUAGGCUCCUACGUCUUCAACGAUAUUGGCUUGCCAGUGUUUGAUUACCAUGAGGGUCCAGUGUUCCGAGUGGCCCCUUUAGAAAAGCUCACAGGAGCCAGUGUGCUGAGUGCUAUGGGCCUGGGAUUACUCCUCGCUGUCCUCAUCUUCAUCGAUCAGAACAUUGUAGUCUCACUCACCAAUGCUCCAGAGAACAGGUUACUGAAGGGUACAGCAUAUCACUGGGACCUGACUUUAUCUGGCCUGAUUAAUAUUUUGAUGUCGGUGCUGGGCCUGCCGUGGAUGCAUGCUGCUUUCCCUCACUCCACGCUGCACGUUCGGCAGCUGGCCAUCGUGGAGGAGCGGGUGGAAGGAGGACAUCUCUACGAGACUAUAGUGAGUGUGAAGGAGACGCGGGUGACAUCGCUGGUGGCUAAUAUCCUGAUCGGUGUGAGUGUGUUCCUGCUCCCUGUGCCGCUGCAGUGGAUUCCCAAACCUGUGCUCUACGGCCUCUUUCUCUACAUCGCCCUCACUUCCAUCGAUGGCAACCAGAUGUGUGACCGCAUGGCACUGUUACUCAAGGAACAGACAUCCUAUCCUCCCACUCACUAUAUCCGGAAGGUGCCGCAGAGGAAAAUCCAUUACUUCACUUUCCUUCAGAUGGUGCAGCUGCUGUUCCUCUGUGCGUUCGGGAUGUACCCUCUCCCGUACAUGAAAAUGAUCUUCCCUCUGCUAAUGUUUAUCCUCAUACCUAUCAGGAAUUGUCUGCUGCCCAGGAUCAUUGACGCAAAAUACCUGGACAUCAUGGACGCACAGCACAUGUAAACACACGCACAUUGCACCUCCAAGAAAAGGACUCUGGGAAUUGUAUUUCUGAAAUGCAAAACUCUGGGAGGAAAAACAGACUGAUUCUAGUGUUGAACAGCAGGCAUUCUGGUGAAGCACUGAAACUGAGAGAGAGAGAGAGAGAGAGAGAGAGAGAGAGAGAGACUGAGCGACAAAGAGAGAGAUUAAUAUAGAUAAUAAUGAAGGCAGACUGUACUCCUGUCUGACUGUUUGACCUCUGACUUUGGUCAGUCAUCGCUUCUCUCAUGUUUUUCCCAUGCCAAAGCUUCUGUCUUUGGUUUGUUCAUGACAUGGACCAAGCACUUGAUUUCUGAAACCAUCACACAAGUACACAUACAAAUGCACAUGCAGUGGAGUCGAGUUGUCGAGUCACACCAACGUUAAACGAGCGUGUUGACCGUUUGGCUCUUCUCUCUGCGUUUCUGAUGCCGCAUGACAGGUCACUGAACAAGAGAGUGGAGUGGAUCUAUCUGUAGCAAUACCUCUUUGAUGCUGACCACUCACACACGCAAAACAAACCAGCUAACCCUCUGUGUAUCCCAUCCUCUCAUCAGUUCAUACAUCGAGUGAAGUCAAACUGUGUGUAUCAUAGACAUUCCAGCGCAUCGCAGUGCGCAUCAUUGCUAAUGAGUACUGAUGAAGUCAGCACAGACCAAAAGAACACUUGCACCCUGCUUGGAUACUGUGUCUCAUAGCAAUACAGUGUUAUAGAAUAUGAAUAUUUUAGAUAUUUCUAAGAGAGACAUUUCUUUUGAGGUUGAUAUAUUUCUAGUUUGGAUACAUGGUGACAUAUUCAGAAUGUAAUGUUAGCGACGAUGCUUCAGGGAUACGGGUUGCCGCGUCCAGAUUAAAGUCAAGGAAGAGCUAUUUCCCACAGACCUUACUCAACUGCGGAAUGAACAUAUUGCCAUUUAAGCUUUGCACAUUACAGAACACCACAACUGUCUCCGAUCUCAAAUGUAACCAAACAAGCACACACACAAACAUAUAAACACAAAUACGUAUAGGCAUGUGCUUAUAAACAGACUAGCAUGCUGGCUCACAUGCACUCAAUUCUGGCCCUACUUCACACCGGAUAUGGUGGAAUUAAUAAAGCAUGGCUUUUAUAAGAUACCAAAACGUUUUAUUUUUUACAAUUCAAAACAGAAAAGGCAUUUAAAAGUGAUAAAUCAAGAGGGAUCAUUGAAGGAAUGUCUUAGAAGUGCCAGUUUUUGUACACAAACAUACAGCCUUUUCAAAAUGUGUCUCUACUCUGGACAGCUAACAGGCUCUUCACAGAUGACUUCAAUCAGUGAUCUCUUUUGAUUUGUUAUAGCAAUAUAACAAUUUUUAAGUGCUCAAAAAUGUAUCUUGAAGUCAGACUGUUUUAAACGUCAUCACAUCCCCUUUACCAGCAUUGCUGAAUCAUACUCAAAUCCUAAACUACCCAAACAAAGCUCUUAGAACUGUGCUACUAAUACUGAGAGAAAGAGAGACAGACAGAGAGAAAAGAGAGAGAGACCCAGACAGAGAGAGAGAAAAGAGAGACAGAGAGAUUAAGUGACAGAGAAAAAGAGACAGGCCCCAGAUGAUAGAGAGAGAAAGAGAGUGAGAGAGUAUAUUGUCUAACUGAAUUUCUCUACGCUUGCAGCACUGCAGGGUUUUGUAAUUUUCUUGCCUGCUUUAACAAACUGAACCUGCAGUUAGUUAUAAAGCUAAUUCUGGGUUUAAUCAAAGAAGGAGAAACACUAAACAAAUCAGAGCUGUGAGCAUACAGAGAUUCAGGCUGAGAGGAAUAGAGGUGAGCUAAAACAGGGAGUUUGUACCCCUUUGCUGCAGUGACAGCCUCUACUCUUCUGGUAGGGCUUUGCACUAGAUGUUUGAAGGAUUGCUGUGAGGAUUUGAUUGCAUUCAGCUACAAGAGCAUUAGUGAGGUCAGGUACGAAUAUUGGACGAUUAGUUCUGGAUCAUAAUCACCACUCCAACUCAUUCCAAAGGUAUUGGAUCAGGCUUCAUCACGGUCUCAGUUUAUUUGGAUAGCCCCUGAUAGAUUAUCUAUAAAUGUUUAAAUUAUUAAUAAAUUAUCUGUAGAUUCUCAACAGCUUUAGGCUUGAGUUUAGUAUUAGUAUCAGGGAGAGGUUUGGGUUUAGGUUUUGGUUGAAGUUAAGGGUAGGGUUAUGAUUAGAGCCAGGGUUUAAUGAGCAUCUAUGGUGGGCUAUUCAAAUAAAGUAUUACCUUCAUCACUUUAGAGAAUGGCUUCACAGUCCAAUGCUUGAGGGUUUUAGUGCCCCUCUAGCUGACGCUUGCCAUUGGGCUUGUGUUGCUGCUCUAGAGUGUCCCAUUCUACUGGUCAAUGCUUUUCUGUGGAGAUUAUACAGGCUGUGUUUGCAUACCUGAACACCUGUGUCAGCCAUGGGUACACCUUAAAAUAGCUGAAUUCACUAAUUAGAAGGGGUGGAUACUUUUGGACAUACAGUGCAAGUUAAAAAGGAGGAAAUUGAAAGGGAAUGUUAGACACUGGUCAGAAAAACAUAGCAGAUAAAGGCUUACGGCUGCACUGAGUGCAGAAAGCAGGGCAAAAAAGGCGGCUAGAAUUGGAUUCAUCUCCUCCUAAGCUUUAAGACGACAUGAGAGAAAGAGAGAGAGUGGUAUCCAAAUUUAUUGUUUUUUUUUCUUGUUGAUGUUUAGUCAAUUAGUUUCUCAAAGCUGCACUACUCAGUGAGUUUCAUUCCCACCUCUCUCUUUCCUCUCUCUUUAUCUCCUCUGAGACUGUGACAGUAUCAUAAGUAGUCUGGAGCUGUGCCCUCUGGUGUAAAAAAAAAAAACAAAAAACAAAAAAACAAACAAAAAAAAAAACUCCUCCCUGUACAUCAUUGGACUUCUCUCUCAGUAUUUGACUGUAAUAUUGAAGUAUUCAGCUUUAUUUUGUUAUUCUUCUUACCUGGAUUGGAUAUGUUGACAGUUAUGUUCUGUGCUGGUUUAAUAUUGUUUCAACAAAAAAAAAGAAAAAAAAAUUCUUCUUCUAAUAAUGAAUGUAUAAUGUGUAGAUUUUUAUAUAACACAUACAAAUUCAUUGUCAAAAUAAUUUUGUCAAGCAGAUAAGCUAAAUUUGUAAACUGCAAUAUGUAAAAAUAAGAUAAAUGUUUAUCAAAAGGACUGUGUGAUUUUGAAAAGAGUAAUGCUAUACACUGAAAACUAGAUCAUUUCAAGCUGGUUGCCAAAUAAAGAGUUAUAUUGAUA